GAGUCAGAGGGCUUUAAGAGACACAGGCAGGGAGACGGAGGCGAUAAGCUGCAGCUGUCCGGCAUAUCGAGGAAGGCGCAAUUAUGGAUUAUUUCCUUUACUUCUCCAUUGAGACCUGGACUCUCAUAGCCAUUGUCGCUACCCUCAUCGCGAUAUAUGGAUAUGCACCCUAUGGAUUUUUCAAGAAAAUAGGGAUCCCAGGGCCAAAACCUUUACCCUUCAUUGGGACAUUUUUGGAGUACAGAAAGGGUGUCCAUGUUUUUGAUGAAAACUGUUACAAGAAGUAUGGCAAAGUGUGGGGGUGCUACGAUGGCAGACAGCCUGUGAUGGGUAUAAUGGACACAGCCAUGAUCAAAACCAUCCUGAUUAAGGAGUGUUACUCUGUCUUCACCAACAGACGGGACUUGGGGCUCAAUGGACCCUUGCGAGAUGCUGUGUCAAUCGUAGAGGACGAUGACUGGAAGAGGAUUCGCAGUGCUCUCUCUCCAUCAUUCACCAGCGGACGACUAAAAGAGAUGUACUCAAUAAUGUUGAACCAUUCAAGCAAUCUGGUGAAGAGUCUUUGCAAAAAAGCAGAAGCAGAUGAAGUCAUAGAAGUUAAAGAAGUAUUUGGACCUUACAGUAUGGAUGUUGUAACUAGCACUGCCUUCAGUGUGGACGUCGAUUCCAUCAACCAGCCCUCUGACCCAUUCGUUGCAAACAUCAAGAGAAUGGUCAAAUUCAACUUCCUGAACCCACUGCUGGUGCUAGUGGUGCUGUUUCCGUUCUUGUCACCAAUCUUUGAAAAGAUGGAUGUGUCAUUCUUCCCUGCUGAGGUGUUGGACUUCUUCUAUAACUUCUUGAAGAGAAUCAAAGCAGACCGGAAUAAGAAUGAACACAAGAGCCGAGUGGACUUCAUGCAGUUGAUGGUUGACUCUCAGAUCUCGGAGAAGACAGAGGAAGAUAAGAACUCAAACAAAGGGCUGACUGAUCAUGAAAUCCUAUCACAGGCCAUGAUUUUCAUCUUCGCUGGCUAUGAAACCAGCAGCAGUACAAUGUGCUUUUUAGCAUACAACCUGGCAACCCACCCUGAUAUCCAAAAAGCCUUGCAAGAUGAGAUUGAUGAGGCCUUUCCAGACAAGAGUCGGCCAACCUAUGAAGGCCUGAUGCAGAUGGAGUACCUGGACAUGGUGUUCAGUGAGUCACAGAGGCUGUAUCCUAUCGCUAAUCGCCUUGAGAGAAUUGCAAAGACCUCUGUGGAGAUUAAUGGUGUGACGAUCCCUAAAGGAACCACUGUCAUGAUCCCGGUUUACACUCUCCAUCGUGAACCCACCCUUUGGCCUGAGCCUGAGGCCUUCAAACCUGAAAGGUUCAGCAAAGAGAACAAGGACAAUAUAGAUCCUUCUGCAUAUCUACCCUUUGGAGCCGGACCAAGGAACUGUAUUGGCAUGCGAUUUGCCCUUUUGAUGAUGAAGUUGGGAUUGGUGGAAGUCCUUCAGAACUUCAGCUUCGUCCCCUGCAAGGAGACAGAUAUUCCAUUGGAGCUGGGAACUGAUGGCUUCACCGCUCCUAAAAAUCCCAUCAAACUGAAGCUGGUGCCUAGAGAAUAUGCUGCAGCUUCUCAUUCUGGCUAACCGUAUUCACCUGUAACAGAGCAGUUUCCCUGCUCUGCUCCAUUUUUUUUCCACACCAGCUUCAUCAUCCAACUAGCUUACCAACAUUUUCACUACUUGAGCUACCUUACAUACUAUAUAUUGAAAUCAUAUGUAUUUCUAAUAAAAGAUAUCGUGCUUCCCAGUCUUCAGGUACACAUGUCUAACCUACAUGCCACAGAGAAUUAAAUACAUUUUCUAAGCAUUACUGUGUACCAGUAGAAUGGCUCCAAACCAUGACUGUAAAAGCACAGCUCUACUAAGCAGACCCUCCAUGUUCUUGUCACCUUUUUAAUGACACAUUCUCUGUUUUGUUUUUUGUUUUGUUUUUUGUUUUUUGUAUAUGUGUAUUAACAGAAUAUAUAGUUUGGCAUAGUAUGUUUGACAUAUUUUAUAAUGAAGUGAAGAUACUGGUGUCUGUCGUGCUCUAUGUGAAAAUACCACUUUGUAUAGCAGUUCUUGUGCUUUUGAAUCACACUGCAUCGUGAAAUCAAUAAGUGUAGGUGUGCGUGACUACUGUAGUUGCUUUUACCUUUCACUUGUCAUUCUCUGAGGUUUCCAAAAUACAUUUUAAAAGAAAGAUGUUGUUCUUUGUAUUUGACUGGCAAAACAAAGGAUGUUAUAGUGAGGAGAUUAUCGUUUUUGUCUUAAAUUAAAUCAGUGCUAUUGUUAAUGAUUGAAUGUAUACAGUUAAAACAUUCGUAAUUUUAAUAUUCUCUUGGCUGUGUCAAGCUAAUCUGUGUCAGUAAUCAGUCAUGACGACAAGGUAUGCUUUAUCUGGCAUGUGGGUAAAGGGGGAAAGAACAAAUUGCGCCAUCAAGUUAUGACUGAAAAACACCCAGUCAUAGAAACACAGAGGACAAAGCAUUCUGUGAUCAACAAGAGGAUAACAGAUGUAGCUGAACAUGUGACAGAAUCAAUAAACAGUUACCACAGCA